CAACGCCACGACGCGAAGUAGAGCGAACGCUGGACCGCCGCCACAGAGACACUACAUACUCUUCUCGAGGCUCGUGACCUCUUCCAUCGUCCGUGGCACAAGAUGUUUUAUUCAGAUGUCAUCCUGUCGAAGCGCGGGCCUUUGGGCAAAGUCUGGCUAGCAGCUCACUUUGAGCGUAAGCUAAACAAGACGGCAUUCCUGCAAACGAACAUCGAAAACAGUGUCUCUGCCAUUGUUGAACAACGAGCUGCCCCACUGGCUCUCCGACUCAGUGGUCAGCUCCUUCUGGGUGUCGUCCGUAUCUAUUCGCGCAAGGCGAAGUACCUCCUCGAUGACUGCACAGAUGCUCUUCUGAAGAUCAAGAUGGCCUUCAGGGCUGGUGCGGUGGACAUGACCAGUGAUCAGCUCGCCGUCUCCUCCAACACCAUCACGAUCCCGAAUGCACAGACAGAUAUUAAUAUUUUGUUGCCUGACGUCGGUCUCGAGAAUUGGGAUGCCGAUUUGCAUGUCAGAGCAGCAAGUACGCCCAGCAGACAGCGCAGAAGUACAAGCGGUACACCUGGCGGCGGUCGCGGUCACCUAGCCAGACAAUCGGACAUCACACUCCCUCAGGCCCAGUAUGACAUCGAUGACGAUGCCGCAAGUCUGGAUUUGCUCUCGAGUGGCAUGGGCAUCGCCUCGGGAGAGUUCGAUCCAGACGGGGGAUUGGACCUGGGUCUCGAUCUGUUUGGAGAGGGCGAUGCCACUGCUGCCUCUCGUCAGCGUCGGGACUCAGCGGGUCGUCUCGUCAAUGCCGAUGGAGAUCCCAUCGAUCGUGAUGAUCUUUCAAGUCUAGGUGCCGGCCGAGAUGCUGCUGGUAGUGAUGCUGGACGGCCGAGCGUGGGUGAUCUUCUCGGUGCCACCGAUGUGACACGAGAUGAGAGCGGCUUCGACUUCGGAGGAGAUGAUGGCGGCCUGGACCUGACUGCAGCAGGUCUGGAUGUCUCAGCUAGCGACAUUGCGGCAGAGCAAAGUCUCUCUCUGGACGACAUGACCCCGAGAACGAAGCAACAAGUCACAGAAGCUGCUGAGAAGAGAGCGGCGGAUGCUGCAGCCAAGGCAGCAAAGGAUCGAAAGCAGCUCGAGGACCGCGUUACCGAACUCGAUGGUGCGGGUAUCAAUGCUCUCGGCAAGCGCAACGUCGAUGAUAUCCUCACAGAGGAGCAGUAUCUGCCUCGCUCUCGGGCUUAUGCAGCUCUCCUCAGCAUUCACAACGAUCCGGCUGCUCACUUUGGUUCUCUGAGCAAAGGCAGCAUGAGUAAUCUCUUCGCUGGCUCUGAUCUUGAUCUCGCACCGGAACUCAAUAAUCUCUUUGUCAUUGACCUCGAUGCACAUCGAGCGGCCAAGCGUGCCCGCUCUACACCAGAAGAUGACUUGAGUGUGGAAGUGGGACGAAGAGCCGCUCCAGCGGAAGAGGAUCAAGUGGACUUCGGCUUCGGGGACGAGACAUUGGGCCUUGGUGGUGGAGACGGACUCGACAUGCCCACCCUCGACGACACAAUGCCAGCACUCGACAUCACAGCAGACGAAUCUGGUCUUCGCAAGUCUCAACGGAUUCAAGCUCGCGCUGAGGAGGAUGAGGCCGCAGGAGGCGAUGCUACCCUCUCCCAGACCGGCAUUCUGGCUCCCCUCAGCAGGCUCGGCACCCCCGAGAUGCCAGAAGACGUGAAUCUCGAGACGGAGAGCUUCACACCCACUUCCAGCCGAUUGCUGGCUGCAUUCGACACUCGUCCCUCAGAUGUGGAGACGGCGGCUUUGGCAGCUGCCGAGGAUGCCAAUGCCACUCAGGCUGCCUCCGCUCAGGGCUGGUCAAAGAACACAGUACGAGCGCAGAGGGUGAUCAGGUCGCAGCUCAACAGGGAUGAUGAAGAUUCUGAGCUUCGUCUGGACCAGGUGGGGGCAAAUGCAUCGAGGAGAGCGGCAGCUGGCUUCUUUUUCGAGCUACUGGUGCUAGGCACGAAGGAUCAAGUGGAGUUGAAGCAGGACGAGCCGUACGGAGACAUUGUCAUCAAGGGUAAGACGGGCCUAUGGACAUGAAGGACGGAGGAAAUCUUUGGAAAUACGCUUGGUUAUCGCAUCCUGUCUG